AUGGCAGAUUUGAUAAAUAUCGGUACUCAACAAGAAGUUAUGGACUCAAUACUUAACCCUGCGAAUAAUAAUUCCGGUAAAAACUCAGUACCGAAAUAUGAUCAGAUUAAUAACAGAGAAGAUAUCGAUGUAGAGAGCGAAGAGAUGAUAGGAAGUCGUAUACUUAAAGAGUCAAGAGUCAGAUUGGCUUUAAACCAUACACUUUCCCAUCUGAAACCAGUACAUUCGAGUUACAUUGCUAUUUUUGCGGUAUUUUCAUUUGCUAUACAUAGCUUCUUCAUCAUAUACUUCUAUGUUUACUCCAAACAGAAGCUAAGCUGGAGAAGAAACGCAUAUGAAGAUUUAAUGUACAGCGGAGGCUCAAUUUUCUACGGAAACUAUGCCAGUUACUAUCUAUGGCUUAACUGGGCCAACGCUACAGGCCGCUACAACUCCAACGACCUAUCUUUGGAAAAAGAAAUCUCCGAUGACGAAAAUUUUGGCAUGACCAAAAUUAUUAACAAAAAUUUGACAGAUUUAAAGUCAAGUUUAUAUUUAGUCAAUUUAUCUUCGGAUUAUUUACAUUUAGUCCUCGAUUCCGUUUCUAACCUCCCAGGAACCGUAAAUGUUUACAAAGUGGCCACUUCACUUUUGUCAUCCACUUCAACAAUCCAAGAAUGCUCAAAUGGAAAACCUGACAAAACGUGA